UUGCUUCUGCUCUUCUCGCAGCCCGGCCCAUGCUCGGCAUCCCCCCUGGCGCAACAGCGCUUCAUCUCGGAUCUCGCCAGUACUCAAGCCAGCCGAGGAGCCGUUGCCAGUGAAAGUUCGAUAUGCUCCAAAAUCGGGAUAGACACGGUAGCGAUGGGCGGGUCCGCGGCCGAUGCCAUGGUGGCAACAACUCUCUGCGUGGGCGUCAUCGGCAUGUACCAUUCCGGCAUUGGCGGAGGAGGUUUCAUGCUUGUGCGUGACAAGCACGGGAGGUAUGAAACCAUCGACUACAGGGAAGCUGCCCCGGCCGCCGCGAGCCGGGACAUGUAUGAGCAUAACCCGGACGCCAGCAUCCGUGGUGGCUUAGCGGUUGCUGUGCCCGGCGAGCUCAAGGGGCUAGAUUAUCUACAUCGCAAAUAUGGCGUACUUCCGUGGAAAACGCUAGUCAUGCCUGCGGUCCGCGUCGCCCGAGAGGGAUUUCAGGUCACCGAGGACCACGUCCGCUACAUGAAAUCGACCAUCAAGGACAACAGCACCUUCCUUGUCGAUGACCCGAUAUGGGCUGAAGACUUUGCCCCCAAUGGCACUCUGGUUCAGCUUGGGGAUAUCAUCACGAGAAAGCGCUAUGCGGACUCUCUGGAGAAGAUCGCCAACCAGGGGAUCGACGUGUUCUACAGAGGGGAGAUUGCCGAGUCCAUGAUCGGUUGGAUCCAGAACAUGAAUGGGACCAUGACCAUGCAAGACCUCGACGAGUACCAUGUUGACGUGAAACCGUCCUUGAACAUUACAUACGGUGAUUACAGGCUGUUCACCACCAAAGUACCUUCCAGCGGCUCCGUCAUGUUCAGCAUCUUGCAGACGAUGCAGCAAUACGACCCCGCAGACCUUACCGACACCAACCUGACAGCUCAUCGCCUGGUCGAGGCCAUGAAAUUUGCCUAUGGGGCACGUCUACAGCUCGGCGACCCAGAAUUCGUCGACAACGCUGCCGAGCUCGAGACCCAGUUACUCAGCAACGACAGAGCACACCACAUUCGGCAGCGCAUUCUGGACGACAAGACGCAGCCGGUCGAGGCCUACGAUCCACUGCUCCUUUACGCGCCCGAGAGCCACGGCACCUCGCACAUCGUCGCCGCCGACGCGUCCGGCUUGACCGUCACAUCCACGACCACCAUCAAUCUCCUCUUUGGCGCCCAGAUCAUGACGCCCGACACGGGCAUUAUCCUGAACAACGAGAUGGACGACUUCUCCCAGCCCAACCGGCGCAACGCCUUCGGCUUCGCCCCCUCCCCGUCCAACUACAUUGCCGCCCGCAAACGGCCGCUCUCGUCCAUCACCCCCAUCAUCGCCGAGCACGCGUCCAACUCGUCCGUCUUCUUCGCCACGGGCGCCGCGGGAGGCUCGCGCAUCAUCAGCGCCACGACGCAGGUGGCGUGGCACGUGCUGGCGCAAGGCAUGGGCAUGCGCGACGCCAUAGCCGCGCCGCGGCUGCACCACCAACUGACGCCCGACGUGCUGCUGGUCGAGGACGGGUUCGACCCCGGGACGGUGGAGGAGCUGGUGGGGAAGGGGCACGAGGUGGAGUGGAUGCGUCCCGGGUUGAGCGCGGUGCAGGGGAUCAUGAAGUUGUGGGAUGGCAGGUUCGAGGCGGUUGGCGAGCCGAGGCAGGUUAGUAGUGGGGGAUAUAGCAUCUGA